AUGGAGCUCUUCAAGGAUCUGUUUGGUGUUCUGAUAGUACUUUUGGCUUGUGAUGUCACUGCUGGUCAGUAUGUGCCAUUGGUGCCAAAGCACUGGUCUCCCCCUCCCAUUGUUCCUCAACAACAGUCUAAGGUCCCUUCACCUACACCUCCCUUUGACAAGUGUCAAGUGGAGGAGCAUGAGAAGAUACGUUGUGGGACUUCAGAUAUCACCCCUGAACAGUGUGAGAGCGUAAACUGCUGCUUUGAUGGCCGACAGUGCUACUACGGCAAAGCAGUGACUGUGCAGUGUACCAAAGACGGGCAGUUUGUGGUGGUUGUGUCUCGAGACACCAUUCAGCCCCCUAUAGAUGUGGAAACGAUCGUUCUGCUGGAAUCCAAUGAUCCUUCAUGUAGCCCUGCAGGAGUCACGUCUGCUUUUGCUAUCUUUCAGUUCCCUGUAACUGCAUGUGGCACGACAGUCAGUGAUGAAGCUGAUUUUGUUGUGUAUGAAAACCACAUGGCUUCCUCAUAUGAGGUGGGUGUUGGGCCCAGAGGAUCAAUCACCAGAGACAGCCAUUUUGAGCUGUUGUUCCAGUGCAAAUAUUCUGCCACUGCUGUGGAGGCGCUCGUCCUAGAGGUGAAGGACCUUCCUGCACCUCUGUCUGUUGCUGGUACAGGGCCCCUCAGGGUGGAGCUCAGACUGGGAAAUGGACAGUGUCACACUAAGGGAUGUGUGGAGGAGACUGCAGCAUAUAGCUCCUUCUACGCUCCAGAAGAUUACCCAAUCACUAAAGUGAUGAGGGAGCCCAUUUAUGUGGAAGUUCUCAUUCUGGGGAAGGAGGAUCCAAACAUCAUCCUGACUCUGGAGCACUGUUGGGCCACAAGCAGCUCCAGUCCUCACAGCCUGCCUCAGUGGGACCUCCUAACUAAUGGGUGUCCUUAUCCUGAUGACCACUACCAGACCAUAGUGGUACCUGUGGAUGAGUCCUCUGGGCUCCGUUUUCCAAUGCACCAUAAACGUUUUAUCAUGAAGAUGUUUGCAUUUGUGGAGCCAAAGAUCUUUAGUCCUCAGACUGAUUCGGUGUACAUCCACUGUACUGCAGCAGUGUGCUCUCCAAGCAGCACCAACUCCUGUCAACAGUCCUGCCACCGGCAACGGAGAGGCAUAGCUGCAGAGAGGAAAGUUUCAAACCAGGGGACGCUGGUAUCGAGUGGAAAAGUGAUCCUGACUUCAUGA